AUGAGAACAAGAGGUGGUGAUCUUGCUUUUGAGCUGUGGUAUUUGGCACGUAACAUGCAAUGGACCAUUGAAGUUGAACCAAUAUAUAUUUCACUACUGAAAAAUGUAACACUUCUUCAUUGUUAUAUAUAUUCCAUAACUCAACUCAAGACCAUCAAAUCCAUCUUCAUGGAUUGUGUUAUAGUGUUCCAGAAUCCAUUACCCAAUCAAAUUUCUGCUAGCCAUCGAUUCAGUUUUGCAAAUUUUACUGUUGCAAAUGGAGUUCACAAGAAAAGGCCAUCAAUUUGCACUUGUUGGUCUGUUAGAGUUUCAGCUGGAGAUUUGUCUGAUGAUGAAAGCUCCUCUGGCUCUUUGAACAUUAGUAAUCAAAAUGGCUCUGUGUUCAGUGCCUUGGGAAAUGAUCCAUCUCCUAAUUCAGCAGCUUUUGGGACACUUCUGGAUGCUGAAAUUACUCCUGAAACUGUUGAUUUCUUUGUAAGUGAUGCUGAGGGUGAUCCUGAUUGCCCCUCUCCAGGCUUCUCUUCUAUUGACCAAGCCCUGAAUUCGUUGCGCGAUGGAAAGUUUGUGAUAGUUGUAGAUGAUGAUGAGAAGGGAGAAGUUGAGGGAAAUCUGGUCAUGGCCGCAUCCUGUGUGACUCCACAGGCUGUUGCAUUUCUUUUGAAACAUGGUUCUGGAAUUGUUUCGGUUGGCAUGAAAGGCGAGGACCUGGAAAGGCUUCAGCUCCCGUUGAUGUCGCCUGAAAAUGAAGAUGAUUCUUCUGCUCCUUCCUUCACCAUCACUGUGGACGCCAGACUGGGGACAUCUACUGGUGUAUCGGCUUCUGACCGGGCAAAAACAGUCCUCGCGCUCUCAUCUUCCAGCUCAAAGCCAGAUGAUUUCAGAAGGCCUGGCCAUGUUUUUCCACUAAAGUAUAGAAAUGGUGGAGUUUUGAGGAGAGCUGGACAUACUGAAGCAUCUGUUGAUUUGGUUAUGCUGGCAGGGUUGCCACCAAUAUCUGUGCUUUCUUCUGUUGUUGAAAAACACGACGGUUCCAUUGCCCCCAUGCCUAGUUUGAAAAAGCUAGCCCUAGAACAGGAAAUCCCAAUUGUGUCGAUUACUGAUUUGAUCAGGUAUAGAAGAAAGAGAGAAAACCUAGUUGAAAGAACUGCAAUUUCUCGUUUACCAACUAAAUGGGGUUUAUUUCAGGCCUACAGUUAUCGCUCCAAGCUUGAUGGCACUGAGCAUAUAGCUAUGGUGAAGGGGGAUGUUGGAAAUGGGCAAGACAUCCUAGUAAGGGUUCACUCUGAAUGUUUGACGGGGGACAUAUUUGGGUCAAGGAGGUGUGAUUGUGGGAAUCAGUUAGAUUUGGCAAUGCAGUUGAUUGAGCAAGCUGGUAGAGGAGUUGUUUUGUACCUCCGAGGACAUGAAGGAAGGGGGAUUGGUCUCGGUCACAAGCUUCAGGCCUAUAACUUGCAGGACCAAGGCCAUGACACGGUGGAAGCCAAUCUUGAACUUGGUUUUGCUGCUGAUGCACGAGAAUAUGGUAUCGGCGCGCAGAUACUACGGGAUAUAGGAAUACGUACCAUGCGCCUGAUGACUAACAAUCCAGCCAAAUUUAUUGGUCUCAAGGGAUACGGCCUGGCUGUUGUUGGUAGGGUGCCAGUUUUGACUCCAAUAACUGAGGAAAACAGAAGAUAUCUGGAGACGAAGAGAUCAAAGAUGGGGCAUGUCUACAAAACUGAUAUACAAGCACCACUAGAUGCAUAUAUCAAACCGAAAAAUGAUGAAAAAGAUCAAGAGCGAUGGAGCUGA